GGCGAGGCAACCCCCGUGGAUCGCGUCGCUCGCAUCCGUGGCUCGAUUCCGCCAAUUUAUCGUCUUGCCCCUCUCCCCUCGCCCCCCCGCAACUUUCUCCACCCCCCUCGCGCGCCCUGGUGCGGAUUUCGGCGGAUUUGAAGAAAAAAAAAAAAAAUUGCCGCGCGCGGCGAAGGUCCUUCCCGACGAGUGUCUCUACGCGAUGGGGAAGAGUUCGCCGAGCAAUGUGCGUGCCGAGUCACCACCAUCACCACCAUCACCACCGCGGUUUAACGAAUGCGCUUUCAGAUGCGACGUCCUCGCGUGCCGUGAAAGUGCGCGUUUUUGUGGGUGAAGUUCUGACUGAGCGAUGACGAGGUCAACGGCCACCGUGCGAAUCGUCCUGGCGGAUACCUACGAUCCGCUGAUCCUGUGGAAUGUCAGUUCCGCGAACGGCAGCGAGACCGACCUGGCGACGACGAGCGCGAGUCCCGCCGGAAGCCGGAGCAACGAGGACGGACUUAACAAUUGGUGGGCGAUGCUGGCGCUGGUCCUGGUUCUCGGUACGGCCGCGGGAAAUAUCCUGGUGUGCCUGGCGAUCGCCUGGGAGCGACGCCUGCAAAACGUCACUAAUUAUUUCCUGAUGAGCCUGGCCAUCACGGAUCUCAUGGUCGCUAUCCUGGUGAUGCCGCUGGGCAUCCUCACGCUCGUUCGAGGAUACUUUCCGCUACCGUCGGUCUAUUGCCUCGCCUGGAUCUGCCUCGACGUUCUCUUCUGCACCGCGAGCAUAAUGCACUUGUGCACCAUAAGCGUCGACCGUUACCUGAGUCUACGGUAUCCGAUGAAGUUUGGACGCAACAAGACCAAGAAGCGGGUCACCCUGAAGAUCACCUUCGUGUGGAUCCUCAGCAUCGCGAUCAGUCUGCCCUUGAGCCUCAUGUAUUCCAAGGAGGAUGAUUCGGUGUUGGUGGACGGUGCCUGUCAGAUUCCCGAUCCCCUUUACAAAUUAAUCGGUAGCAUAAUCUGCUUCUACAUCCCACUGGGCGUGAUGCUAUUAACGUAUGCAUUGACGGUGAGAUUACUAGCGGAGCAACAGCAGAACAUCGGUGGAAAAGGAGCAGGUUGGUCAUCAGGAUGGUUGGGUGCACCUCAGGGUGCACCUCAAGGUGCAUCUCCCGCGACAGGACUCGAUCGACGGGGCACCUGGAAGAGGUACCUCCUGAAUAAGAGCUCGGGCGGAAGCGGCGGCACGCCGCAGCACACUUCCGGUACGUCGACCGACACGGAACUGACCACCCUCGACACCCACGAGCUCUGGCUGCCGGAAAGCGAGCCGCCACCCUCGGCCAUGUCCGCCCUUCACGCCUUCGGCGCGGAGAUGCUCAAGCUGUCUAGGGGUCUCGAGGGUAUGGCCGGCAGCCCCGGCAGUCAAACCCCCUCGAGAUUGACACCCCAGCAUCAGCAGCAGCAGCAGCAGCAGCAACAGCAGCAGCAACAGCUACUGCAGCUGCAGCAACACGGUCCUUCGCCGCGCAGAUGCAGCUUUCGCAACGGGAGCGUGGAAAGUACCGAGAGCAGUAUGUCCUGCUCGAGGACGAGCCUAUCGGCGCAGGAGGACUUGGCGAGUCCUUGGAAGCACCGGAGACGAGCAUCGACCUACAACGAGGCCCAUCUACAGAGGACGAUCCAGGCCCUGGGCUCGCCGAAGGCACCUAGGAAGAGGUCCUUCAGCUUCCACGAGGAAUCAUCCUGUCGCAAGAACGAGGACGACUCGAUUCGACUUGGCCGAAAGUAUCACGACAAAACGUCGGACGGGCCGAUGACGCUACCACCACCCUGCACGUGCCCCUACUUCGGGGAAUCGUCCAAGAAGCUGCUGCCCUCGAGCGAGAUCGUCAUCGUCUCGAGCGACACGAUGAAGCCUAUGGGGAACAGAGACCUGGAGAUGGGCAACAAGGGUUUACCGAGCGAUCAGGAGAGGCCUAUCGGCGGUAACAGGACUCCGGAGAUGGGCCUAGGUAGAAACAACAGCGCCAGAUGUACCGAGGGUGUCAAGAAUUACGAGCAACUGACCCUCGCGAAUUCCGUGGUCACCUGGCGAGGCGGAAGGCGAGGCUCCAGCUUAGGCAACACCAGGACUCUGCUGUCCACCACCGCGAGAGCGACGCCAUUGCGACGCGCGGCGACGAUGAGGGCGCACAACGGAGCCACGGGGACGACGAGCCUCACCCUGAAGCCGAACAAUCCGUCGUCGCCGAAUCUGCUGAGGUACACGGGCGGCCAGGUGCGUAGCCAUCACUCGCGCAACAGCAGCGUCGUGUCGCGCAACAGCUCCCGUCACGGCAGGAUCAUCCGACUGGAGCAGAAGGCGACCAAGGUGCUGGGCGUGGUGUUCUUCACCUUCGUGAUCCUGUGGGCGCCGUUCUUCGUGCUGAACCUGGUGCCGGCCGUGUGUCCGGACUGCGAGCACCGGAUCGACCGCAAGAUCUUCGACCUGGUCACCUGGCUCGGCUACGCCAGCUCCAUGGUCAACCCCAUCUUCUACACCAUCUUCAACAAGGUGUUCCGCCAGGCCUUCAAGAAGGUGCUGCUCUGCAGGUAUCGCAAUCAGGCGUGGCGGCCGACCAGGUAGGCCCUGAGCCCCGGGAGACCGGGGAUCGCCAUCAGCAAGGUAUAAGGGAAGCCGGAAAUGGAUGAGAUUGAGCCUCGUCCGAGGUCGACGAGGGACACCCGGCGGAAUAAAUACAGCUGAACUCGAAUGGUGCUAUUCUACUCGCGCG